UUAAAUGUGUAAACAUGACCGGAAUAAAAACUGUAAACAUAAAUGAAAAAAAUAAAAUAAAAAGUUAUAGAUAAAAUUAUACUUGAAAUAAUGUAUGUUAAAUAAUAAAUACCUUAACUUUCUUUUCUUGUUUUUAACAGAGAGAAUACUUGAGUAAUCAGUGUGGGGAAUUAUGUUUUUAUGCUUGUUUUGUCUCAAUAAGCAUGUAAUAUAUAGAAAAAUCUGAGAUGGAAAUAAAACAGAAAACUGCACUAUCUUAUAUGAUUUAAUAAAAAAUAAGGUACAACAAAAAUGAUAAAUAAAUGCAAUACAUAAUACCAAUAUUAUGUGUAAUAUUUGCUAUUUUUUUAUUUGUAUUUCUUUAGAUGUGCCGUUUUCAAUAAAUAGUAAAAGAUACUUGCUCUUUUUCUUUCUUCACUUUCUUUUCUUUUAUUUCAUUUCUUUUCUCUUCUUCUUCUUCUUUUUUUUUUUUCUUUUACACCGCGCCCGUUUACAUGUAAUUAAAUAGCACCGAGCGCAGCUUAUCUGCCGGAUCUGUCAGUGGAGAAUGCAAAAAGCGCUCCCUGUCCUGGGCACCUCGCUCCUCUGCCCCCUUCCAGCUCCACCUUUCUAUAAUUGAAUUACCUCGGUUUAAGAAGUGGGCGGGGCUUAUGCCUGCUGGAGUCACGCCCAUUCAGAUCGUGGCAAACCAAUGGGACUAUCCCCCGCUCCGCCGUAACCAAACCCACUCGCUCAGUCGGCGUCUGGAGCUUGCGUGGAGCUGCUACCUCUGUCCUCCUUCUUACCCAGUCCCUUCGUGUCCCGGAGUUUUCCCCAAUCCCCUAAAAACACAAGAAAAAAAAAAUCAACAACCAAAAAAAACCCAAAAAAAAAACAACAACUAUAUAUUUAUAGAUAUAGCCUAUAUCAAAAAACAACAAAACAAAAAAGAACGGGAGGGACGACAACAGACCACGCACAUUGGAGGGUGCUGCGAUUUUUCCACUCCCGUACGUUGCAAGAUGGCUUAUAUAUGAGGAGGACACUUUGGAAUGCGGAGAUAAAAUCAAGCGUCUCCAGAAGGGAGAGAGAGAGAGCGAGAAGAAGAGAGAGAGAGGGAGAGAGACAGACAGAAAACACAACACGGCCACAGAGACGGACUCCUCCCCGCCUCGGCCGUGACACCUCCGGCGGAUCACAGCGAAGAGGAUGACAGUGUUUCAUUUUUUGUUUGUUUUGGGUUUGUUUUGCACGGCGAUCUAACGCUGUCAGUCAUCAUUUUCCUCCGGCACGCACUGACUGACUGACUGCAUGGCUUCAGAAAGUUGCCGGGCUAAUAACGUGGACAUCUGACUUGCGCCCUCACAGCGUCAUUGGACCACAUUAAGCCCCCCUCUUUCCAUCACGUCUCGGACUAAUCUGCGCUUUUUGCGUUUGGAGUGAAGGGCUGAGCAGUUGUCACUUUGGCCCUGACACAGGCUACACCCAGCAAGCGCAGGGGGGGUUUGACACGGUACAGCGCCACGGGAGACACCGAGUGUUCUGCUGCGCAUUGGUGGCUUUCUGUGCUGGUCUCACUUGUUUGUGCAUCAGAGGGUGGGGAGGGGGGGGACCACAUUCUGUCUGGAUUCCCCCGUCCUGACAAACCGGCAGGAAAAAAAAGACACAUGUUUUCAUCGGGACUGUUGACGCCUUAAUUUUUGUAACUUCACAUUUCCGUCAACCUGAACAAGUGUCACCUCAUCCGUCCUCCCCAUUGAAUGAUCACAUUUGCCUCUUUUCUUUCGCGCGAUUCUCUUUCUGUUCGCAUUACGUUGAUAGCUCUGAAGCAGAAGCACCGGUCCACAUGUGACUGAGGUCAGGUCACCUGUCCCGGUUCAGGCGCCCCGUUUCUCCUACCUGCACCAUCCACCCGCUCCACAUAUCUGAUCCUACCGAGCGAUCGACACUGACACGGAAUAGACUAACGAAGUUUUGCUGUAGUGAUGCUGCAAGUGGAAAUGGUCCUCUUCGUCUGCCUGGUGCUGCUGAUGUGUGUUUUAAGCCAGGAGCCCGGAUCCAAAGUGGUGGCUGACCGCUACGCCGUCUUCUGGAACCGGACCAACACCAAGUUCCACCGUGGUGAUUAUCACAUCGACGUGUGCAUAAAUGACUACCUGGAUGUCUACUGUCCUCAUUAUGAGGACUCCGUGCCUGAAGAGCGAACAGAGCGCUAUGUUCUCUACAUGGUGAACUACGAUGGCUAUAGCACAUGCGACCACACCGCCAAGGGCUACAAGCGCUGGGAGUGCAACAGGCCGCAUUCCCCCAACGGGCCGCUAAAGUUUUCAGAGAAGUUCCAGCUCUUCACUCCCUUUUCUUUGGGCUUCGAGUUUCGACCAGGCAGAGAAUAUUAUUACAUCUCCUCCACCGUCGCUCCCAACGGGAAGAAAACAUGCCUCAAGCUUAAAGUUUUCGUCCGACCAUCAAACAGCUGUCUGAAAACAGAUCGUGUUUUUGAUAUAGAUGACAGAGUAGAAAGUACGUUACCAAGAGAUGAAACUAGCCAUGAAACGGCUGCCCCUUCGCGGAGUGAAACGAACGCUGCGCAACAUCUGCAGAAGACAAGUUCUCUACUUGCUUUGCUGCUGGUCACCCUAGUGGGACUCUUUACUUUAUAGCGCCUCCCUCUGUGCUGGAGGUCAUUUACACCUAGCGUGGCCUGAAUCUACCCUAGGCUGCAGGGUAGUGGGUGGGAUGUGGGUGGAUUGCAUUUGCUUGAUCGGGCAUAAAAAGCAGGCUUCUCACAAAAAAAAAACCCUCUAUUUUUUUCAGAAGAAAAAUUAAGUGGUCUUUCUCCUUCUGUGAGUUAAAAAAGUUGAUGCUAAAAGUGGGAGAGAAAGUACCCCCUCUUAUACCUUCAACUAAUAUGCCAAAUCCCAAUUUUUUGACACUUAGUGAUUCUUAAUUUCCCAUGACAUUUACCAUCACGCUACAUCGUAUUUAUGUCAUUGCAGCACUGAUGUUUACCUAUGAAAACUAAGUUCAGGCAGUUUAUUGUGCAUACACACAGGCGGCACACCAUUGCAACAAUUCAAAAGCACAUUCAAAAACAGCAGCCGAUAGCAGCAGAGUUAUGCAGUUUUAGACAGUCGCCGUAUACACAGUGGAUCAUUGUAGAUUCUAGGUGUUAGAAAUUAUUGUAUAUACAACAGACAGAAAUGGAACGUUUCCCUGAGAUCUCUCAAGAAGCCUUCUAAAGCUUAGCUUAAGCCAGAGAUAGAUGUAGUUGUUCAGUUUUUAACUAAGACAGAAUUCAGAAAUACGUAAAAUAUCUGACAUGGAGCAAAGUGACUUACAAUCUCUCAUUUUUUAAACACGGUGUCCUCUUUCCCCAUACUAUGAUGAGUUGUUGAAUGUUCUGGACGAGUAAAUCCUUUUCAAAUCAGCAAGCAACCGUUUCUUUCUGACAAACCCAAUGAAAAUGGCCAAUAAAACAUUUCUAAAAACAGGAUUCUGUUCACUCAAACUCACAAAGCCAAAACUAAAUUGAAACUUUCUCUCCAGACACUUCGUUAACCGCUGUUAAAAUCGAGAAUCAAUACCUUUUGAAACUUGAUAACACAAUUUCACGGCAGCAGUCACAGCCAUUUGUGCAAUGUUUACGGAGCUGGGCCGCAAUUGUUUUCUCUGUUCCAGUUGAGCAUUAGUCAAUAUUAACACUCCCAUAAACAUUUGCAUCCAAAGCUAUUUAUUCCCUGGCUAUUGAUUGUUCAAAAAGGUUCACAGCUUAAACUGGGUGGUGUUUUCUUAUUAUUUUUUAUUUUGCUAAACUAUCAAGUUAUUUGACUCAAACAUUAUCUUUAACUAUGCAGAUAGUUGAAACUUUUUUAGAUCCUGUCAAAUGAGAACAAUAAAAGAUGCUUAAUAAGACUUUCACCUUACACUACCACGCUUUUUUUAUUCUUCAACAUGAUCAUAGUUCAGUUAAAUACUUAUUAAAUGCUUAUCAUGUUCAGAUUGUUACAGUUGGUGGAGCAUUAUAACGACAAAUGCAUAGCUCCAAUUAGAGGAGAGUAAACAGAAAAAAAAAACAUAUCCAUUAAAAUUAAGGCAGCUCUGUUCAGUUUGUUUAUGUUACCACUUAGAUUCAGAGUAAUUUACUGAUCAGCAGCAAUGCUUACUUCCACAGAAACACAAGGGGAAUUUGCAUAUUGACAGUGUCUUAUUCAAAGAAAGGUUUUUGCUUCCUUGAAAGAGGUGACCUUUACCCAAAGGGAUAGCUCAGGAUUUUUCUGUUAAAAGAUCAUAAGCGAUAAAUAUCUUUCCCACAGUAGAGAACUCUUUUGUGUCUUCAUUUGGUUAAAAAUCCCCAUCAAUCAAACCCAGACUCUGGCUCAUGACAAAUGAUUUUUGUUGUUUCUUAUUUUUUCCACAAAAGCGGUGCAAUAAUUUAAGAAAGCUGAUACUACAGUCAGUUCUGGUUUGAUUUUCACAAGCAGUGAGUCAACACAGAGCUACAUCAUUUCAACACUGUAAAUGUCUGGUUCUGGCCACAUUAACAGAGACAAUUUAACUACACAAAUAAUAUUUAUCUACCCUUUUCCUGCAAAUAGAUUACCUAAUAUCACCAUCUUAAUUUAUUGAUGCUGUUUUAACAAGCAGGGUCUCUCUCCUGCUAUUCCAACUUUUUGGUAAUUUUGAGGCUCUGUGUUUUGAAUUACAUAGAAUGGACAUAAAACUAACUGUGAAGUAAAAAAUUAUUUUAUGUUUAAAUUAGUUGCGAGCUUUUACUGGCUCAGCCACAGCUCUAGGUGAAAGGAGCUCUUUCCUGUGGUUCAGUUCAAAGUUGAAUAACAAGUUUAUCUGUGCCAGAGCCAGAAAGUGCAGCAAUGGGGAGAGAGACAAACUGUGAGGAAGACACACUAAUAUUAGUGUAACCUUGAAACCUGUUUAAGGUAAAAACCCUUAGUAAAUUAAAUUUUUUAAAGUAACUUCAAGUCCAUGGCAGUUUAUCUGUACAGUGUUUCAUGAACACCUAAACUGUCUUUAUGUUUGCAUUGGACAAUAGCAACUAUUGUCCAAUGCAAUAGGACAAUAUUGUCUAUUAUGUCAAUUGACAUAAUAGACAAUAUUAUGAAAUUGACAGAGAAAUUGACAUAAUAGACAAUCCCCCUUUUUUGUGAAACAAAAUGGAACUUGCCAACCAUUUACAGUCAGAGUAACUACCUUAUAGAAUAGUAAUGCAUUGUUAAAACACUAUAAAAAUAGUAUAAAUUAACACUAUAAUAUUUGGGAGUUUUUCUGCUGCCGUAUUUUAAUAUCAGUUACUCUGACCAUAAAUACUUUUCACACAGCACCCUCAGUUGCAAUGCCCUUCCAUUUUUAGUUGUAAAUAAUUGUUGUCUUCUGUGUGGACAACUGCCCAAAUCAAAAGUUACAGUGGUUUAAAGGUUCAUAAAAGUUGUUUUAAGAUGAUAGCAGUACACUUUGGUCUUGGCCCUUCUUUGACAAACCAUUAGUCUCUGGAAUGAGCUAAUAAUAUGGAUUUAUGCUGAAUUAAGACAUUAUGAGUACAUAUGACCUUUUAAUAGAACCUCACUUCAAAAUUCUUUAGCUAUGUCUUUAACUCUACUGAAUCUAGUACCAUGUCAAAGCAGCAAGUUAGUAAAAGGCUCGGAAAGAUGGACAGAAUGAGAGAAAUACAGCAACAAAAAAGGAACACACGAGCAAUUGCGCACCCACCUUCUGCUCCUACUGUUACUUGUUUAAACGACCCCUUAAUGAGGUUCAAAAUGACAGGCACGCAGACCCCAUGUUGUCGCAAGGGAAGUUUUUCUGGUAUUAAAAAUAGAUGAUGGAAGGCUUAGUGGGGGAGUCUCGGAAGUGUAGAUUUUUACUGUGGGGGGUUUUAAAGCACCAAUGACCUUGCAGUUCAAGAGAGCUGGCAAGUGAAGGAGACAGAGAAGAAUUAUAUGGAUAGAGGCUUACACAUACAAAUACACACAGGUUUAAAAAGACAGUCGAUAAAAAUAUGAUUAGUGCCUAACAAAACACUUUUAAACAAAAGAACCUAAAAACUCAUUCAGCACUACAGGCCAAAAAAUCUAUUCAAUUCAACGACAAACAUGCUGUCUAGCACCAUUCAGCCUCAGAGGCAUGCACUGUUUUGGGUUUGCUUUGUUUUUAUUCUGUGACUGUGUUUUUUCUGUUUUUUAUAUAUAUAUAUAUUUUUUUUUUUCUUUCAUUUCAUUUCUGAAAAACAAUGUUUGCCUUCAGCCAUUUGUUCCUUUUAUAUACGUCAGUAACAAUGCUAUUACAGCAGAAUAGCAGCUCAGCUACAAGAGGUAAUAUGAGACAAGGCCAUUUAAUGAGGUACUAAUUUUCAGAAUAUCACCACGGGGACAUGAGCACUGCAGAAGAUUCAACAUGGACGCUUGUCUGCAGGCUAUAAUCAGAAAACAGCUUCAGUUUUAUUAUUAUCAACACUAAUUGCCUUUUUUUUCUUUUGCUAUCAAUACCAUGAUCUUUCUUUUUUUUCUGCACACAACCCAAACCUGGGAAAUGAGAAUCAACUUAUAUACUGGAUACUGUGUAUCCUGAGGUAGACAACCAUACAACAUAGUAGUGUUAGGUUAGUAUCUGUUUUGUACCUUUCUGGAGGACAAAUAAA